AUACAUAGUCGACAUUCUGCUCUCUAGCUAUAAUAAGUUUAGUCUAAUCAGAAACCCCGUCGGCAAUGGAUUUCUAUAGGUUAACUUUCCGGAAAGACAUACUCCGUAUCAAACUAUCCAAGUACUACUGGAGCGGUACGGAACAAUACUAAGCAACCGUUUCUAUGUGGAUCUAGAAUGUCUCCAUUGCGUGCUGGCUAUCUUUUAGCUCCUUGUCGGCAUUAUUGCCAGAUGAUGGUAUAUUAACUGCCGUGACGCUGCUUCCUCGCUUCUAGGAUCUCUGAAAUCAGUCUCAACGCAUUUAUAUAGAAUACGUGAUAGCAACUUCUCAAAACACAAUGGCGUCCCAGGUUGCGUUCAAGAACCCGGCAACGGCUACGCUGCUUGAGCUGGUCAAGUCCCGUCGUACAUACUACGCCUUGAAGCCGGAGAGUCCUGUCUCCGACUCGGUCAUUGAGAAGAUUGUCGAGGAUUCUGUCCUCCACGUGCCCAGCUCGUUCAACACGCAGACCACACGUGUCUUGUUGCUUCUGAAGAAGGAACAUGAGAAACUAUGGGACAUCACCAUCGAGAUCAUGGAGGGCCUAGUGGCAGCAGGUACCAUCCCGAAGGAAGCCUUUGAGCAAAGUACGAAGCCGAAGCUUGAAGGAUUCCGGAAUGGUUAUGGCACGGUGCUCUUCUUUGUGGACUUUGAGUCUCUAGCUCCCAUCAAGGAGCAAUUCGCGCUUUAUGCGGACAAAUUCGACCCAUUUGCUGUUGAGUCAAACGGAAUGUCCCAAUACCUUGCGUGGCUCGCCCUGGAGGCUGAAGGCUUCGGCGCCAACCUACAGCACUACAGCCCAUUGAUCGAUAGCAAGGUCCAGGAACAGUGGGGCAUUCCAGCAUCGUGGAAGCUCGAUGCGCAGCUUGUCUUUGGCACUCCUGCCAGCCCUCCAGGGGAGAAGACAUUUGCGCCCCUUGAGAAUCGCCUCAAGGUCUUCGGAAAGUAAUCCGGAGCGUUAUUCAAGGUCGAAGGCCACAUGUAUAUAGAUUGCGCCAUGAUGGAAUGCUGAUGUCUUCGAAAUAUUUCAUAGACAGCUAGACU